AUGGCGCUCCGGUUCGAGGUGUUAGGAAGAUUUAAUCGUGCUCGCGCAGCUCGGUUAACUCUGCCACACUUUACUUGUCAAACGCCACUUUUUAUGCCUGUUGGUACCCAAGGUACAAUAAAAGGCUUGACUACAGACCAGUUAGAGACUAUAGGUUGUCAGAUUAUUCUUGGAAAUACCUACCACCUUGAACUUCGUCCUGGCUCUCAACUUAUUGAUGACUUGGGUGGCCUUCACAAGUUUAUGAAUUGGAAAAGGGCAUUGCUGACUGACUCUGGUGGUUUCCAAAUGGUUUCUUUGCUGCAUUUGGCUGACAUUACUGAGGAAGGAGUUACAUUUCAGUCACCUGUUGAUGGGAAACCCAUGCUCUUGACGCCUGAGGAAUCAAUCCAUAUUCAGAACAACAUUGGAGCUGAUAUAAUCAUGGCUCUUGACGAUGUUGUUAAGACAACAAUUACCGGCCCGAGGAUAGAGGAAGCUAUGUAUCGUACCCUUCGUUGGAUUGAUAGGUGCAUAGCUGCUCACAAGAAACCUGAUGUUCAAAACUUAUUUGGGAUUGUGCAAGGAGGAUUAGAUCCGGUUCUGAGAGAUAUUUGCGUGAGGGGCUUGGUUGAGCGGAACCUUCCUGGAUAUGCCAUUGGUGGUCUUGCAGGUGGUGAAGAUAAAGACUCAUUUUGGCGUGUUGUUGCCCAGUGCACCGCUGGAUUGCCUGAAGAUAAACCACGAUAUGUUAUGGGUGUUGGUUAUCCACUUGAUAUUGUAGUAUGCAGUGCUUUGGGUGCAGAUAUGUAUGACUGUGUCUAUCCAACACGCACUGCUCGCUUUGGGAGCGCACUUGUGCCUGAGGGUGUUCUGAAGUUGAAACAAAAUGCAAUGGCAACUGACGAACGGCCCAUUGAUCCUUCCUGUCCAUGUAUGGUCUGCAAAAACUAUACCCGUGCAUACUUGCAUUGUCUGGUCACGAAAGAUCCUAUGGGUUCUCAACUGCUGUCAUAUCACAAUUUAUCAUUUAUGGCGCGGUUAAGUAGAGAUCUCCACAUGUCGAUUCUUGAAGGGCGAUUUCCAGAAUUCGUGAGAGGAUUCUUGAGGGUGCAGUUCCCAAAGGGCGACGUGCCAAAGUGGGUUCACAAUGCAAUGGAGGUUGCUGGCAUCGACAUAUCGGAGUGCUGCACCCCGACCAACUGCCAGCACGACGCAAUGGAGGCUGCUGGCGUCGACAUUUCGGACUUCUGCCCUCCCACCAAAUGCCCCUGA